CUACAUCUGUAGGAUAAUGGAUCGGUUCUAACCGAAGCUGUGAAAACCUUAUAUAGUAUGCGUCUAGCUAGCAAAAUGCCAAAAAAUAACUCAGCCCCACUCUCUCAGCUCUGGUUUCCAUAACCCCACCAUUCUUUUCCUUCCUUCUUCUCUAACCUUUACCCUUUAUUCAUCUCACACUCUUCCUUACAACACCCUCUGAAAGGGCAAACCCACGAGUACAGACUACGUUUCUUUCUGACACCAAUGUCCCUAAACAUUCUAACUUUCCUCUUGUUACUCACUUGUUUUCCUCUUCUCCUUGCGGGUUUGCCCAACCCGGACCCGGCUACAAUUCAACCAUUUAAACCAGGCCCAACACCGCCAGCAACAAUCCCUGCAUCCCCUGAGCAAUCUAACCUUGCUGGUUGCCCAUUAGAGCUUCCCAAUGAACUCUUCAAUGGCAUUAAAUCAGCUUGUGGUAGUGGCUCCUCUGCUAGCGGGCACCUCCACAGGACCCGGUGCUGUCCAGUUCUUGCUGCUUGGCUUUACUCUGCUUACUCUGCCACUGCACUUAGCAGAGCUAACAAAGUAAUCCCAGCAACAACGGGUCGUUCUCCAUCGUAUGACAUGCCCUUGCUUCCUGAUGACUCCGAGACUUGUGUUGAUGGGCUCUCCAAAGGGUUGAAAGAGAAAGGCAUAGAAUUGGUUAAGCCUAAUGAGACUUGUGAUGUUGUGUAUUGUUAUUGUGGUAUUAGAUUGCACCCUCUGAGUUGCCCGGAAGCCUUUUCUUUGAACCGAAAGGGAAAGCUUGUUGGGGAUAAGAGAGUCAAGAAAUUAGAAAGAAAUUGCUUGAGUAAUAGUAACAAUGUGAAUGGAUUUCCUGGUCUUGGUGGCUGCUCCAAGUGCUUGAACAGUCUUCACUUGCUUAACAACAAGAAGACUUUAAAUUCAAGCAAAUCAGACGAUAGGACCGCAAGAAUGCACAACAAAGAUUGCCAGUUGAUGGGUCUUACAUGGCUACUUGCCAAGAAUCGCACGGCUUACAUUCACACAGUUACUGCAGUCAUACGAGCUAUGAUGCUGAGCACCGGCGGCUUUGAUCCGCAGUCGUGCACUCUCAACAGUGACGGAAUGCCUCUAGCCGUAGAUUCUUCUGAAAUCUCCAACAAUUCUUUGUCAAUCUGUCAUCAAGUUCCCAUCUAUGCAGCCAUGGCUUUCAUUUGUUUGUUAAAUCUUCUACUCAUUGUACCAUCCACCAAAUUUUAGACAAGAGGGCAUAGCUUCUUCAUCUUUGUGAAUUUGUAGCUUUGAGAUUGUAUGGUAUGUUGAUCUCUGCUUUGUGCUAUGCUUUUCCCUUAAUUGUUUUGUAUUUGUAAUCAAUCUUUUCACUCUCUUGGUUUGUUGACAAAUAGAGGAGUUUGGUCCUGCAAGCUAGCUUAUGAUAAUAUGAUUUGUAAUGUGGGUCUCCUCAGGGCUCCAUCAUGAAUAUGUGCCAUGCACUCAUACUGUUAUGUAUUGAUGAGACAAUUUGUGGUUCA